AUGGGGUCAAUGACGUACUUGCCUGGUUACCUAGGACCACCACAGCCUGGUUACCCAGCAGUACAACAGCCUGGUUACCCAGGACCACCACAGCCUGGUUACCCAGCAGUACAACAGCCUGGUUACCUAGGACCACCACAGCCUGGUUACCCAGCAGUACAACAGCCUGGUUACCCAGGACCACCACAGCCUGGUUACCCAGCAGUACAACAGCCUGGUUACCUAGGACCACCACAGCCUGGUUACCCAGCAGUACAACCAAUGGAAAUUCAGAAUGCACAAGAUAAGCCCAAUAACUACUUUGGUUUAGCCGUUUUUGUUACCAUAUGUUGCUGUUGGCCUUUGGGAAUUAUAGCUAUCCGAAAUUCCAGAGAGGUUGACAGUGCAUACUAUGAGGGGGAUUAUGAACGAGCCAAGAAAUCCUCCAAAGAUGCAAAGUGCUUUGUUUUAGCUUCUUUCUUUGUAGGGUUGCUAUUGAUUUGUAUAAUUGUUGCAGGAAUGUUUGCCCAGAUUAGUAGUGCUACGGAAAGAAGCGUAUAAUUCUCAGAAUUCUUUCGAUACAAUUGUUUYCGUUUUACUGGCUGGCAUUUCAGCUAUUGAGUUAUUGCUAAGAUAUAAAUAACAGCCUGAUAUUAUAAGUGUACUUGAUAAUAUACUCUACGCUUAACAGUCAUGAAAGUAUUCUUCGCCGAAAGACCUGUUCCGAAAAAGAAUUGAAGUCGAAGCUGAGUUUGAUACAUUUGUUUGUGUAUUCUAUCAAUGUAGUAUCAUAAAUUCAUAAGCAUCAGAAUUCCGGGAAGGUCUAUUAUUAUAUCAAGUAAUUUCAAUUGAUAUAUUACGCUUUUAUACGACACAGCAAGUAGUUUUAUUUGUUGUGUUGUUGUUAUUGUUGUUUUCAUUAUAAAAGGCAUUAAAUAAAGAUCUAAAGCUUAAUGUAUUAAACCAAGAAAACCCCAGA